UGACAAAACAUAAGAAUGCCAUUACAAAGGGCUCCAACGAGCCACCGCACGAAGUCUAUUUCUAGAAGCCUAGAACAAUUGCGUGUGGUACAAUAAAUCACGUUAACCUUUGAUGUCUUCCACCACAGGAUGAUUGGUAACAAUGACCUAGCGUAGUAAGCAUCCACCUGCAGUUUUGAAUGCGGCGGAGUCAUUGUGAACCACUCGAUCUGGAAGGACAAUCUGUGGUUCACCAAAGCACAACAUACUCUCUUCGGGAGAUGGUGGACAUGUCGUAUUCAAUGUCAUGUCCACACUUCGUUGUCCCCGAAACCAAACUCCACAAAUGUUUGGAUAUAAAUCCAGGGCAUCCAUGAGCCCGAAACUCAAACUCACCCAUCCCUCACCUCUUCUUCGUCUGUCCUUUCGGCGAGUACACAGAAUACGAAACUCGGCGAACAGAACUGACCAAGUCCCAUAGUCAUCUCCAAAUAUGUCUGCCCCAGUUACGUAUUACAACGUCGAAGUCGUCCAGUUUUGGCAAGGCCAGAAAGAGUACCUUCGGCCUUAUCCCCUUCACUGGGUUAUCUAUAUCCCGACGGGUCCUGGUAUCGGGAACACGUACCACAUCAUAGGAAACACAGAUACCUACACCAUGGAGUUCAGACGCAACCAGCCACACGUAAACCCCAAUGACUGGCGCGGAAGCUUUACUAUUGGAAGAGUGGCAGCCCAUAAGCUGGCUUUGUUCGAGAGUCAUCUCGCAAGCGUGCCGAUCACGCGUCACGAUCCCCGCUGGAACUCCCAGAACUGGGUGUGGGACUGCAUUCGCCACCUCCGCCACCAACGUUUUGAGAUCAGCUGGCAGUUUAGACAAUGCGACCUUCAAACGAAGAUGUGCUGCCUGCUGGAGGAAUGGGAAUUCGGUCGAAUUUAGAGGUCGAAGAUCAUAGAGUUUAGACGCUUGUUUGCAUUCUGCAUUUGUAUCAUUAUUGACAUUAUAGACGACUUUGGCGAUUGCGAGUGACCUUCGUUGUCUUGCUUAAAUUAAAAGGUUUCCUCACCGAUCAAGUUUUGUCGCUCUGACAGACAGCACAAUUGGGAGACGCUAGGCAUUUAGCAUACCGCAUGGGAUGAAAAAGGCGAUAGUGUACUGGAGUUGAGCGCGACCAGUAGCCUCAGUAGUUCAGGAAUUAAAUCUAAAGUAUAAGUCAAAAGAAAGGACUCGGAGCACA